UCCAUCCGCCAUUCGUUUCUAUUUCCAUUUAUUUUUUUCUUCUAUGGUAGAUACCACAAAACAUACGUAGAUACAGGUUAUGUUAUUUUGAAGCAUAAUUUUGGUGUGGCUGAACAAGUUAUCUCAUAAUUUUUUCUGGGCAGUAUACUAGUACAGCCUAAAGCAUUAUGGUUUCCUGCCUACUUUGUAAAAAUCAAAUGAGGCAUACUAGACAUAAAAGUUUUCACAGGUUUCCAAGGAAUCCCAAGAGGUACGAAAAAUGGAUCGAGUGUAUAAAUAUGGUUAAUUGGGUUCCGAAAAAGUAUGAUAGAAUUUGCUCUGAUCACUUUGAAAAGACAGAUUUUUAUUUUAGUAAGAAUAAAAAAAGAUUGAAAAUAGAUGCUGUUCCAAAUCCAAAUUUGAAAGCCAAAGAAGCUGAUCCUAUUCGUAGAUCUAGAAUAGGGUCAGUUAAACGCGAGGUUAAACGAGAAGGAAGUAUACAUAAUUCAAGAUCAUUGCGCCCAUUAUCCGAAUCAGAGAAAAGAAUGACACGAAUGGAAGCUAGAAGGAAUAUGACGACAGAAAGGAGAGGUGCUUAUACACCCUCUUUAAAAAGGGAAAGUGACAAUGAAAGUACAACUUACGACGAAACUGUUCCAGCAAUCAAAGAUGACCAAUUAGAAUUUUUGACUGUUAUAGAUGAUGAUGAUGAUUCUUCUGUAAUUUCCAAAGAUGAAGAAAAGCACCAUCGCAAAAGGUCUCUAUCUCCACUGCAGCUUGAUAGAAGUUCAAAAGUUUCCAAAAAUUCAGAUAAUGAGUCUUCUUCAACUGAAUCCGAUGACCACAAUUCACCAUAUGUACUAUCAACUUCAGAAUGUGAUGAGGAAGCAGAAGUAAAAGAAUCUUCUUCGAGAAUUAGAAACAAGUGGGUAGGUCAACCUCGUUUCUUUGGCGACUGUUCUGUUGAUGAUAUGAACAACCCAAUUAGAGCCAGAAUAUGUUGGCAUAUUGCGAAAAAAACCAUUUCAGACCUUAAGCUCAAGAAUAAAAUGUUGCAGCGUCACAACCGCCGAUUGACAUUGAAAAUCGAGUGCUUGCGGUCACUGUUUUGCUAUUUGGAAGAAAAUAAUUUUCUGAACCAGUACGCAAGUGCAGUAAUUAAGGCUGUGAAACCAGAAAAAACUGAUUCAGCAUCAUCUUCGUAAGAAGAAAGUGACACAAUAUGAAUCUUUGAGGUCUGUAAUUUCAGUGCUUUUGUUGAAACUAUAGUUUGUAAAGUAAGUAAAGUCAGAUUAUAUUGAUGAAGUGAAUGAAAAACUUUGAUUUAUUUACAUUAUUUUCAAUGUGUUGAUAUUUUUUUUAUGUAACUUGUAUCAGUUUAUUUUUUCCUUCCAGUAUUGCUACAUUAUCAUACCAAAUGUUUUGUACAGUCGAGUUCAAUUUUAGAAAAAGAAAUGGGAGUUAAUGAUUUUAUAAAACUGAAUUUAGUGCCAGUUUGUAAUAUUUUUACAAUCAUUAAGACUAUUUUAUUUUUUAAAUUGUACUAAAAUAGUGGAAUUAUAGUUUAUGAUAGUUUCUAUUGUUUUUUUUUUCAGUACCAUUGAGCAAAUGGUUUAUCGAGUUUAAUGUAAUAAAACUUUUUUUUAAUA